UUAUUAUCUGAAAAAAUAGAUCUCCUAACUCUGUAAUCGUCAAAAAGUCCACUUGCGCAAACCCGCGUACUCUCUCUCUCUCUCUGUGAGAGAAGAGAUUCUGCAACAGUCUCUUUCAUUUCCUCUUUCCCAGAGCUCUGUCAACUCGAGGGCCAAAAAAAAAAACUUUGCUCUUCAGAGUUCGACAAAUCGCUCCUUUUUUUUUCUGGGCAGAGAGAGGGUGGUGGAUGGAAUUAGUUCCUUACGAUUCGGACGAGAAGUCAUCGAACUCCUCCAUUCUCGCGUGGCAGGACAUGUUCCGAUCGGCCUCAACGCGUAAGCCCCAAGCGCCCCCGCCGCAGAACCCACCUCCGUCGUCGUCGGAGCCGUCGCAGAAUGCCGCCCCCCCCGCCAAGACGUCGCUCUCCGCCGCCGAUCCUCAGGUACGGCUCGCUAUCUACAUAGCCAUGGCUCACGCAGGCCUCGCCUUCGCCAUUUUCGUCCUGUAUUUCGUCGGCAAGCUGUUGCAGGAGUACCUGAGGCCGAUUCAGUGGGCGAUUCUCUGUUCGAUUCCUCUCAGAGGAAUUCAAGAGACCCUUGUCGAUUUCUGGAGCGAGCCCUUGAAAUUAGGUCUCACGGAGACAAUCCUCGCCGUUCCCAUCGCUGUAUUUAAGGUGUUCAUAGGAUCGAUUGUGGACAUCAAGCAUGUCUGUUCUAGGGUUUUUCUUAGGAAGUCGAAAUCCAAGAGGACGAGACAGAACGGAGGUGGGUUUUCGAAAUUGGUGAGAUGGUUAGUCUCAUUUGGUGUGUUUGUGAUCGCGUAUGAGAGAAUCGGUGGAAUCGGGUCACUCAUGAUUCUCGCAUUAGGGUUUCUGUUCAGUUCUAAGAACGUGAAUUCAACCCUCUCAGCCGUUUCUUCCUUAAAGAGCACUAGCUUUAGGCGUAGCCGUGUCUCUGCGUAUUUCACGAGAGGGAUACUGAAGAGGCUGGACACCAUUGUCGCCAUCGGUCUGAUCUUGAUCAUGAUUGCCGGAUUCUUGUCUGGUGUGAUAUUUUUCUCCUACAAGAUCGGAGUCGAAGGGAAAGACGCAAUGUUCUCGCUGAAAUCGCACGUCGAAGAGAGUAAUUACGCAGAAAAGAUCGGUAUUAAGCAGUGGAUGGCUGAGAAUGAUGUUCCUGGAAUGGUAGAUAGAUACACUACGAAAUUCUACAAAACCGUGCUGGAGCAAGUCGAUAGCUUGGCAGUGCAGUAUAAUAUGACGGAGUUAGUCACCGGGAUCAAGAAUUUCGUGAUUGCUCAGCCUACGACUAACAACAGUUCAUCCGCCGCUCUUCUUUCCCCAUCUCCAUACACCGAUAAGCUCUUGAGUUUGAGGACGAGGGUCCGGAAUCAAGAAUGGGGUCAGAUCUAUUCGGAGCUCGAUGUGAUUUUUAGGGAACUGAUAAUCACCCAGGAAGAUCUCGUGGAGAAGGCGAAAGGGUUUGCUGUUAAGGGAAUGGAAGUCUCACAACGGGUAUUUGCCAGCAGUGCCUCGGUUGUAGGAGGCGGCGCUAAAUUCGUGUUCUCGAUCGGGAACUCGAUCGUUUCCGGGGCAGCAGAAUUCAUCAAUUUCGUCUCUCAGUCGAUGGUUUUCUUCUGGGUUCUAUACGUUCUGAUCACAUCAGAAUCUGGGGGAGUAACGGAGCAAGUCAUGAACAUGCUCCCAAUCUCGCCAACUGCAAGAAUCAGAUCAGUCGAGGUCCUUGACCUCGCCAUCUCGAGUGUUCUUCUCGCAACUGCAGAAAUCGCCAUCUUCCAAGGAUGUCUCACCUGGCUCUUGUUCAGGCUGUACAAUAUCCACUUCUUGUACAUGUCAACCGUUCUCGCCUUCCUCAGCGCUCUCUUACCAGUCUUCCCGAACUGGUUUGCGACAGUUCCCGCAGCCUUGGAGCUUGUCCUGGAGGGAAGAUACAUAAUGGCGGUGACCUUAUCCAUUAUCCACCUCGUGCUUAUAGACUAUGGAGUGUCCGAGAUACAGGACGACAUACCGGGAUCCAACGCCUUCUUAACCGGGCUAAGCAUCAUCGGCGGGAUGACUCUGUUUCCCUCUGCCCUCGAGGGAGCGAUUAUGGGACCGUUGAUGACAACUGUGGUGAUCGCCCUGAAGGAUCUGUACGCAGAGUUUGUUCUAAACGAUCUGAAGAAGACUGAGUGAGCAGUCGAUCUCUGUUUCGGCAGAAGCUUGGAAGCUUUCUUCAAUGGCGGGAUAUGGUUGGAUUCAGAGAACAUUGUAUACAUUUGGAGAGAUGAUGAAUUCUGCAUUUGCUUGGAUGCUGUUUGGUUGAUAUUUUUACUGUGCAGGGUCCGUCCUCCAUUGUUGUCUAGUGAUUUUUAUUCUUGGAAAAAAAAAACCUUGUAUUAUGUCUGAAAUUUUGGGAAAAGGCUUGAUUUUUAAGGUA